CCCGGCGCGAGGCCCACUCAGAUCCGCCCAGCCGUCGGUGCAGCGCCUUUGCUCUUGCUUCAACAGUGCUUGAACGGAGCAGGUCCGCGGCCGCCCCAUCUUUCCCCCAUAUUUGCAGCCAAGCAUCCUUUAUUUUUUAUUUCCUCUUGCACCAUGAGCUCCCAGGUCCGCCAGAAUUACCACACCGAGAGUGAAGCUGGAGUGAACCGUAUGGUCAACCAGUUCCUCCAUGCUGGCUACAAAUACCUCUCUUUGGCCUUUUACUUCAACCGGGAUGAUGUGGCUCUCUCCAAGUUCUACUCCUUCUUCCGCCACCUGUCUGAGGAGAAGCAUGAGCAAGCUGAGAAGCUCUUGACCUUCCAAAAUCGCCGUGGGGGUAGAGUCGUCCUGCAGGAUAUCAAAAAACCAGAACAGGAUGAAUGGAAGAACGGAGCUACUGCCAUGGAGGUCGCCCUCAACCUGGAAAAGAGUGUGAACCAAGCUCUGCUGGAUUUGCAUCAGGUGGCUUCCCGUCAUACUGACCCCCAUCUGUGUGACUUCCUGGAGACCCACUACCUUGACGAGGAGGUGAAGGUGAUCAAGAAACUGGGAGACCAUAUGACCAACCUGAAGCGUGUGCGUGCCAGCGAGGAAGGCCUGGGUGAAUACCUCUUUGACCGCCUCACCCUGGGCGAGUCCAGCGACUGAGCCUUGAAGUCCUGGCUCCCUCCUGACUCCUGCAGCCUUGUCUAAAUGUGCUUUGGUUAGCUCAAUACAUAAAGGGCCUCUGUAUCCUUGCUCAUGUUAUGCAUAUGUGGGAGUCUGUAACUGGCAUUAAAUAAACUUGGCAUUAAGCACUCAA